GCUAUUUAAUUUAUCUACCGGUAUCCAUAAAAGUAGCAGUUCAUCAAUCCAGAGCUUCACUCAAUAAUCAAUAGUUGUGAAUAGUACAGUAGGUUUAACAACGAUGCAUGCAAUGGGAGACAGCCACCGAUGCCCCACUGGCUCCACCGUUACGGAGGGAGAUCGUCAUGAUGCUUUGGAGCAAACGGAGACCGACUACAACGCCGACAACGAUCUCCACGCAUUUGCUGCUGCUCAGCAACAACAUGCUGUAGAGGAACCGUCUGAGGCUUACCCAAAAGCUCUCCAGUUCAGCCAAGAUGAUCAAACAUGCGUGUCAAGCAUCACAGAUUUGCGAUCGGUGCAGUAUCAGAAUAUGAUUUAUCCGUCUUUGCACAGCAUCCCAGAUGACAAGACAGUAGAAGACCUAUUCCAACGAGGACGCAAACCAAAAUCCCACCAACAAAAUAGUCCUGGCGGAAUGGAAGGGAACAAGAUGGUGGCGCUCAUGCUCUUGGAAGAGCUGAAAGACAUGCCAUGGAAUCAUGCGUCUCUUCGGAGCGAUAGCGUUAGUGCUGUAAGCGAUUCCCAGCAAUCCCCGGCCAAAAAAGGUACAACAAUCAUGGAAAAGACUCCCUCUGAUCAACAUGGGGACCAACAAAAGGAAAAUCCUCGACAAACCCCAGAAACGAAGAGCAGUUUGGAAGACGAUACUGCUACGGACGGUUCCAAAACGAGUACGGUCUUAUCCGCAUCCAACAAAUCGAGGGCACAACCCGAGAACGAAGGGCGUUCUGAAGCGAGUUGGGAUGGAAAGAACCAUAAACGACGUUUCAGCUUUCGCUCCAAAUGGCAAUGGCUGCCCCGGCCACUACUCUCCGCUGCACGAAACGAUAAUCGAUAGACAGGAGGCGCCUCGAUACCAAAAUGGCAUGUGUGACGGCAAGUGUAAAGGUGGGUCCGUGACAAACACCGGGGACUUGUCUUUGAUCCGGAUAUUCCAUUUUCGUGGCUGCAAAAAGAGCAUUCUGGCUACCUGAAAUAAGAUGCUAUCAACGCUCAAGCCAGACAGCUGCCAGACCCACAAGAACUUUUUACCGACCUUUUCCAGGGGUUCCCCAAAGAGUUAUUUUAGAAACUUGACGUUGCCGUGGCACUGUUGAAGUGAUAGCGCUGACGGUGAGUUUCUCUCGAGCGUCGCCACAUGAUCCCACCUACCGAGUGGCAAACUGUUCGCCGUGGUUUCGCUGUUGGGGGGCGUUGGGGCCAUGCAAAUGUGCUGGUCCGUUCGAGCAACGAGGCCCGGUUCACUGAAGAAAUCAUACAAGUACAAUGCCAGAUGCACCGUAUACUCAAAGAUAUGCAACGAUCUCUAUAGUUGGAAUUAUUACAAACUAAACAUGGACAAAUAUACAG